AUUAGCUUAUAGAGUUCAGAACGUGGUACUAAGUGCAAAGAUGUGUGAAGAUAUUACAAAAAGAUAUACUAACGGCAUAAAGCAGAAAGCAAGACUAGCAAGAUCAGUUCCAGACUCACUAUUAACAAAUCACAAUAUAUACGGAGUUAAAAAAGUAAAAGAUAUACAGGCAAUAAGGUCGUGGAGAUUUAUAAAAAAUUUCAGAAACAUGGAUGAAGUAUUGAUGAAGAAACAUGAAGAAAUAGGAAAUAAGAAAAAAGUUAAGGUAGAGGUGAUAACUCAAAAGACAGGAAAGAAAAAGGGGGAGAAGUCGUACCUAUCAGCGAUUAUACUAGAUACAGAACAGAAGAUAAAGUUUAAAAUUGAAAAUAUUGUAUGGCCAUCAGAAGAGAAGUUAGCUCUAACAUCAUUAGCAAUACUGAUAGCGAUAUGUAAAGAGAAGGCAACAAUUAAAGUCAAUACAAAUUCAGAAAUG